GGGGAGCAAGGAGAAAAAAGCAGUUUCGUGGCAUCAAAGAUGGAGGAUGAGGUUAUCCACGAUUAUGCCGUUUACAGUCAACAUAUAGCAAAUCAAUCAAUAUUAUCAAACGGUUAUGAGGACGCUGAAUGGAAAGAUGAAAUAACUGAAAAAGAUGUAGCUACCCAACCUGAUAAAAAAGCAACCCAGCAACCUGUCUGCAGGCUUUCACUGCUUAGCAGUAAUAUCCAAGCUGAUCUAGAGACAUCCCUGCGAUAUUUCUUGACAAAAAGGCUUGAGAAAAUGCACCCAUUGGAGGGAAGUGGUAAUAUUAUAGCAAUACCUGCAGGGAAAGUUUAUGAUCAGAAUGCUAUGGUUUAUUUCUAUUCCAUGGAUGAGGAAAGUAGUGAAUCUUUAUCAGACAAUUCAACUGAAGGGCAAAGAAAUAGUGAAGAUCCUAAAAGGUCCUUUCUUGUAUGCUUUAUCGCUGUUAUUGAAACAGGCUUGGAAUUAUUUCAGAAUGAGCUGGAUAAUUAUUGCAAGCAGUUGAGUCCAUAUAUUCAUAAGUAUAUGGAGUCAGUUGAUGUUAGUGAAUACCUAAAGCGACUGGAGGCAUGGUAUGAUUCAAAUAUCUGCUACAUUCAAAGAUGUUUUUCUUAUCUCAGUGAGGAAUUAUCUACCAUCUUGUUUACAGUAUUUGUUGGAGAUGAAAUUGAGUUGAAAGACCUUCCAGAAGAUAUUAAACAUGAUCUUGAAAUAUUUAUUUCUUGCUGUAGUCUAUCAGAGCUUUUACAAGACCGGAACCUGAAAGACGACACAGAGCUGAGUACAUCACUUAACAGCCAAAGUACGUUGGCAAAUGAAACGUCACUUGUUGUGAAGUAUAGUGAAGAAACUCUCGAACUUUCGUCUCAAAGAACGAAUCCAUUUUGCCAAGACUGUGUUAAGUCAAUGAGACAACUGGGCCAAUGUAACCCAUUCAAACUUCGUCAAGUUAUCGAGAAUUACAAGCUUAAAGUUAUUCAAGAUAUGAACACCUUCAAACGACUAACUAAGCAAGCUGAAACAGACUACUAUGCUCUGUACAGGUCAUUUGCAUUUUUGCUGACAUGUGACAACGGCGAAGUUUUACUGAGAAAUGCUAAAACUCAAUUUGAUGAGGAAGACAGUGCCAGUUUCAAAGAUGUUUUGAAUGUCAUUCAAAGAUUUGUUGAUAAUAGAAACGGGUUUGAAAACAUUUAUAAACAGGAAAGGCAGUCUAAGAUUAAAUCUCAAAAUCUUCUUAGGUUGCUGCACUGCUAAUAACGAUUCUAUGCAAUUUCCAAUGCUUCCCAAAAUUAAAUUACCUUUAUAUAAAGUAAUUGUAUUUCUAUGUUCUGGAAACAAAAUCUUGAAAGGAAAUUCCAGUAUUUAAUCUGUUAAAUAAAAUUAUACCAUGAUGUCAAAAGGUUACAUAUCACCCUUCUGAUUUCAAUAACAUUCCAUAAACAACAUUCAGUUAGUAUUCAAACUACAAACCACUGUUUGACUGCAAUAUUAGAACACAGGUCAAUUGGAGAAAUUUGUUAAACUUUAAUCUUAACAUCAUUCUUGUUUCCAGAUUCUACUUACACAGCUAAUCAAAUAAACAAAAUUCUUAUGCAUAGAUAGUUUUGUCAAAUAUAUUUUUUUCAAUCUAUAAUUUGCAUGGUACUGAGCCUAUAGACCAUCUUGAACAUUGGAUCCCAUGACACAAGUGGGGCAAAAGCUGCGAUAAAAACAAUGGCAGCCUAUUUUACCAAGAUUUGAAAAUUCCUCUGUAGCUCACACAAGGUCCAUUGUUAAUCAACAAAAAUCAGAUUUGAAUUCUUAAGUAUUUUCUAUUCUAAAGGAGUUUCACAACCCAAAAAAUUAAAGAACAGCCUCUACCCACCAUCAAUUUUUCACUGUUUCUUCCCACCUGAAGGAUUGAACCUAGCUAUAAAACCACAGAAAUCAAUCAUAGCUUUGCGAACUCCAAGAUGGUCUAUUGGCUUGAAAUUCUAUACUUUCAACAUCAUCUACGAUAUCUAAUUAUAAAAUUAUGUUUUACAUUUUACAAUGAGUUCUUUCAAGAUGUAUCUAGUCCUUUUGAUCUCUUUGUUUUAUUAGUUACUAUUUAUGGUCUAUGUUUUGUUGUAAAGUAGUCGAAAAUUUAGAACAAUGCCAGUGGAGAUUUCAACUCCCUGUAAUACAUAUUUAUUGUCAAUUAAUUUUACUAAAAGCUCGUUAAAUUGGAUGUUAAUUAUCUUUAAAGAGCUGUUAAAGGCCAUUUAUAUUUAUAAAAUUAAAUGUUCAAUCAUCUUUCA